UUGCUUUCUGCUUUUUACGUUCCAGGACCGCAACCUUCUGAAUUGUAUGGAAAGCAGACAUGGAAGAUCGACAAGUUUUCACAAAUUAACAAAAGAGAACUUCGAAGUGAUGUAUUUGAAGUUGGAAGCUACAAAUGGUAUAUUUUGAUUUACCCCCAGGGAUGUGAUGUCUGUAAUCAUCUUUCUUUAUUUCUCUGUGUGGCUAAUCAUGACAAGCUUCUUCCAGGAUGGAGUCAUUUUGCACAGUUCACUAUUGCUGUGGUGAACAAAGAUCCUAAAAAGUCCAAGUAUUCUGAUACACUUCAUCGGUUUUGGAAAAAGGAGCACGAUUGGGGAUGGAAAAAAUUUAUGGAGCUAUCAAAAUUGUUAGAUGGGUUUAUUGAUGCUGAUAAUUUAAUAAUUAAAGCUCAAGUCCAAGUCAUCAGGGAGAGAGCAGAUCGUCCCUUCCGUUGCCUUGACAUUCAAUAUAGAAGGGAACUUGUUCGAGUAUAUUUGACAAAUGUCGAACAAAUUUGCCGUCGUUUUGUGGAAGAAAGACGGAGCAAACUUGGAAAGUCGAUAGAGGAUGAAGCUAGAUGGUCAAGGUAAUGGGGCCUGGUUUUUU